UCGACGGGAAGCGGCAAACCGUAAAUAAUUUUUAUCACAAUAAACUUAUUUUUUAAGAUAAACGUGUAAAUUUAACAGUGAAUAUGACAUCUGAACUGUGUGAAAAUGUGCGGCAAGUAUUAACGAAGCUAGUGCCAGCAUCAGUUUUAAGCGAAACAAGUUGUUUUGUCCUCUACGAUGAACAUCCAAGUGUUAACAUAAAUAUCGAUGUAACGAUAUGUACAAAAAGUGGUGAAGUUAAAGAAUAUUACCGAAGAGAUUUGACAUGUUCAAUAAAACUGCCAGAUAUUCUCAAUCCUACAGAAAUUAGGUUAAUCAGAAAUACGGAAUGUGAACUUUUUUACUUAGUGGUGGCAAGAGACACAGUAACUAUUCUGUCUAGGCAGGACAAACUUUUGAUACACCAAAGAGUUUCAAAUGUGGCCAGGUACGAUAUAAGUGAUAUUGCUUGCAGUGGGCAGGCAAGUUUGAGAGUAUUUUGUACUGGGGAUGCAGUUCCACUAACCUUUGAUGAUAAUUUUGAGAACUAUAAGUGUCCUGAUGUAUCAAUGGCAGUUUCUGAUGACCAAAACGAUGACAUAUUGCCAUUAAUAAACCACUUAAAAAGAAAAUUAAUUGAAGCAAAGUACAGUGUAAAAUUUAAUGAGAAAACAUACAAAGACUUUUUGGAUUUACAUCAAUCUGUAGCAUUUUCUACUUAUAAGAAGAUACAUCCUAAUUUGGAUGAUUCUGUAUUUAACAAUGGCACAAAAGAGAUAGCGAGCGCACUAAGAAUCAACACACAGACUCCCUGGAUUAAAGUUUGCAAUAAGAAGGUGGUUAUAGUUUUAAAUGUAUGCAAUUUGAACAAUGAAAACCUCGAAGAAGUUCACAUGCUUAUCCAUGGUCAGACCGGCAUAAAUGAAAGCUCUUCAAAAAAUAUCCUGCACUCAAUUGAAUACACUACCAAAAUAUUCCAAAAGACUACCACCUCACCUUUUUGGGAAGAAAGGAGGUCACAAUCAAUUAAAAAGAAUAUAGAUUCUGCUAUCGUUGUAACAAUUGAUUUGGAAGAAAUAAAAAGUUCCAUCGUAAGCAGGAUUGAGUUCAAUGCUAUUAUUUUUUAUAAAAAGAAUGGAAAGGAAUUCCUUCUGCCUAUUGAAAAUGUGUAUUUAUCCUCUUUGGAUACUAUGGGGGAGGAGUUUGAUGUCUUUUCUAGUGAGCCUAUGGACUCAAACAUCUUGUUAGCAAUACUGGCCACUACAACGAAAACAGAACUCAUAGCAAGGCAUAUAAAGAAAGACAAUGAUGAACCUUUGUCUUUGGAUGUGUUCUGCAAAUAUUUGAAAAUGGAACAAGUGCCUCACUGUGAAAAUGUUGCUAUCCAUAGAAAGUCUCCUUACCAUGUACUAAAUGGAUUAAUGCUGAUGAUGAACAAUGAACUAGUAAAUGGAAAUGAGUUCCUGACUUUAUCUGUAUUUUCAAGGACACCAUCUCAAGUGUUGGCCUUCAUACACUACAUACAAGAUGCUAUUCCUCUAACCAUAGUCAUCACCACCCCUAACUAUAAAAUUACAGCCAAAGACAACAAACUAUCACACUACAAUGAAGAUAUUACAGAAAAUACUCAGCUCUUAUCCAAUUAUCAGGACUAUGGAACUUCAAUGUUGAAUCGGUCAAAAUUAGUACUGAAAUAUCUAGACCAAUGUAUGAUGAAGAUGGGUGAGUCCAAAGACAUAGUUGUUCAAAGUAAAAUAGGUAGUGAAAUAGACCUCUUUGCUGCCGGACAGAGCUGUUAUAUGGAUUUUAAAAAUAGAAUGAGAGAAGAAGCGGCCAGUGUUAAAUUGUUGAAUGAUGAUGUGCAAGAUAGUCCGGAUAGUGAUGUCAUGUGUAUCGAUUGAAAAAGUUGAUGGCAAGGUUUAAUAUAUGGUAUGUAAUAGGGUAAGUCUAGAAUCUCUACGUAGUAUUAAAUAAAAUCUGUGAUAAAAUGCGAUAACUACUUAAUAUCUGAACCUGAGGUUGUGCCAUUAAUUUGAAAUUAGAUCUUUUUAGUAGUGUUAUUGGCAUUGCCUCUUAAUUUGUUUUGAGUGUAAAUAACGCUUCAAUUUGUAAAGAGUGAAUUAUGGAAUGUAAUUGUCACGUCUAUGGAGUGAAAAAAAAUAAUAACUGCAAUUUGUGUCUCAUUCUUUAAUAAUAACAGUACAGUAAAUUGUUACAAAAUGCCAACUUUUAGUUCAGGCUGUCUUAUCAAUAUCUUAAUAAAAAGUUAUUGGUGAUAAUUAAAUAAAUUAAGUAUUAAAUUACAACAAAUUAGACUAAUAAAACUAAUAUGUACAAACAAUAGCCAAUAUUAAAUACUGGCUGUAAAGAGAGCUUUUUGAGAAAAUAUUUUACCUAUUAAUAAAAAAAUACGAAAUAUUUUUUAUUUUAUUUCAAAUUGAGCAUUUUACAGUUUCAAUUUAACUAAUAGAGCUUUAAAACUAUAAACGAAAAUAGGCAUUUUUGCCCAAAUUAUUACAAUAUCGCCUAACAGGUGACAUCUCUUUUCAAAUUGAUGUGUGCCCCACAUCAAUUUGAAAAGAGAUGUCACCGUUUCAACUAUCCCAAUUCAAUCACGAUUUAAGAAAUAUGAGAAGUUCAAUUGCUGUACAAAUUAUACCGAUAAAUGAAUAUAGCAGCAUGUGUAGAUUUUCAAACAAAUAGUUGCAUAUCCAGGCAGUUUAGAACUAUAUUGCGACCUAGGAUAGUUUUAUAUCCCUAUUUCACUAAGGCACAGAAUUUUCCCCUUGAUUGCGUAGAAAAAUAAAUUACAUAAACACAACUGCUUAUUGCUACUUAUUCUUGAAAGCUGUCUCACCAAAUAAGUACAAACGUUACAAAUCUCAAACAAACAUGUUAAACUUAAAACUACAAGUACCCGGUUUCCCCCUUUUGCGUUUUCUUAGCACCAUUUUAUCAGCUACUUUCUAAUUUUACAUAAUAAAAAGUUCAACUAGAAUAAAAAUAACCCAUUACCUUAAAACCCCUGACUGUUGGUAACAAACAAUCUGACUAAAUAAUGAGUAAAAUAGUUUAAAAAUAUGACGUCAUUAUUCACCAUGCAAAAAUAAAAUAUUAAAAAAAAAACCGUCUUUUAAAAACAAGAGCC